GGGGUUGUUGACACGCCAAAGUCGGAAGCCACGGAAACAUUGUUGCCUUCGCUCUGGACCCAGGAGUUGACUCUGGAAAGUGCAACUUUGACGCAUUCCGGUCUGGGUGUGUUGCUUCGGAGUCUAUCUCCCCUCCCCAGCCAGGUCCUUUUCGCGGCCUCUCCCUCCCUCAGCCUCAGCCCCCGAACAUGAGAUGCCUUAUCUCUAAUCACUAACAAAUGUUCACUUUUCUCUGUGAGCAGUAGAGUUGUUUAAGGGCACUUAGAGACCAAAUUGUACAGCGUAGGCCUUUCCCUAGACGGCUUCCCUAGGACACUUUGAACCUGCUGCUUACAAGAAAGUCUGUGGAAUGUGUCUGUUUCAGCACUUGGAGAAGAAUAACGCUGGGGAAGUUUGAAAGGGCCUUGAGGACGAACUCUAAUAAUCAUCCAGACGUCCCUCAUGUUCUGUCGGUGUCCGUGCAGCAUGACCCUUGCCCAUCCUUGUAGGAUGUGGCCUGGAAUGGCUUGGCUUAGGCUUCCCGUUCACUAAAUGUCUGUGCUGCAGCAGCCUUGAGACACCUGCUGAAUGAAGCUAGAGAAGUGUGCUCACGGUAAGGAAAACGGAAGAGUUGGACGAGCACGCUGUUCAGUCUUGAUUUUGUGGGAGCAACUGGAGGAAGUUAGAAGCGUGCUGCAAGCCACAGUGAAGAAGGGAUUCGGGAGGCAGAACCCAGAGACCACCUUUGAAGUGUAUGUUGAAGUGGCCUAUCCUAGGACGGGUGGCACUCUUUCAGAUCCUGAGGUGCAGAGGCAAUUCCCGGAGGACUACAGUGACCAGGAAGUUCUACAGACUUUGACCAAGUUUUGUUUCCCCUUCUAUGUGGACAGCCUUACAGUUAGCCAAGUUGGCCAGAACUUCACAUUCGUGCUCACUGACAUUGACAGCAAACAGAGAUUUGGGUUCUGCCGCUUAUCUUCAGGAGCGAAGAGCUGCUUCUGUAUCUUAAGUGCAGCUGUAAUCUGGACGAGGUGCUGUUUCCCUCUGCCUGGUGGGAUCAGUGCUCCCCUGAGCAUCAGGAAUGGACCCCAGGAGCCCAGCAGGGUGGGCGGGAGCAGGACAGCAGGAGCUUGUUAUCUUCCCUGGUUCGAAGUAUUUUAUAAGCUGCUUAACAUCUUGGCGGAUUACACGGCAAAAGGCCAGGAGAAUCAGUGGAAUGAGCUUCUGGAAACUCUGCACAGACUUCCCAUCCCUGACCCAGGAGUGUCUGUUCAUCUCAGCGUGCAUUCUUAUUUUACUGUGCCUGAUACCAGAGAACUUCCCAGCAUCCCUGAGAAUAGAAAUCUCACAGAAUAUUUUGUGGCCGUGGAUGUAAACAACAUGUUACAUCUGUAUGCCAGCAUGCUGUACGAACGCCGGAUUCUCAUCGUCUGCAGUAAACUCAGCACUUUGACUGCUUGCAUCCACGGGUCUGCCGCGAUGCUCUACCCCAUGUUCUGGCAGCACGUGUACAUCCCUGUCCUGCCUCCACACCUGUUGGACUACUGCUGUGCUCCCAUGCCCUACCUCAUAGGAAUCCAUUUAAGUUUAAUGGAGAAAGUCAGAAACAUGGCCCUGGAUGAUGUCGUGAUCCUCAACGUGGACACCAACACCCUGGAAACUCCCUUCGAUGACCUCCAGAGCCUCCCAAAUGAUGUGAUCUCUUCCCUGAAGAACCGGCUAAAGAAAGUCUCCACAACAACUGGCGAUGGUGUGGCCAGGGCCUUCCUCAAGGCGCAGGCUGCUUUCUUUGGCAGCUACCGAGACGCUCUGAAAAUUGAGCCGGAGGAGCCAAUCACCUUCUGUGAAGAAGCCUUCGUAUCCCACUAUCGCUCCGGAGCCAUGAGGCAGUUCCUGCAGAAUGCCACCCAGCUGCAGCUCUUCAAACAGUUCAUAGAUGGUAGACUGGACCUUCUCAAUUCUGGUGAAGGUUUCAGUGACGUUUUCGAAGAGGAGAUCAGCAUGGGCGAGUACGCUGGCAGCGAUAAACUCUACCAUCAGUGGCUCUCCACAGUCCGGAAAGGAAGCGGGGCAAUUCUGAAUACUGUAAAAACGAAGGCGAACCCGGCUAUGAAGACUGUCUAUAAGUUUGCAAAAGAUCAUGCAAAAAUGGGAAUAAAAGAGGUGAAAAACCGCUUGAAGCAAAAGGAUAUCACCGAGAAUGGCUGUGCCCCCACCAUGGAAGAGCAGCUGCCAAAGACCGUGCCGUCCCCACUGGUGGAGGCCAAUCACCCUAAGCUCCGAGAAGACCGAAGGCCAAUCACAGUCCACUUCGGACAGCCACAAAGACUCCGUCCUACUCGCCUGCCACCUCCCAAGAUACAGCGCUCGAAGCCCGUGCGCCCUCCCCGUCCACAUGUCGUGAAGAGACCGAAGAGCAACAUCACGGUGGAAGGCCGGAGGACUUCUGUCUCCAGCCCUGAGCACCUGGUAAAGCCCUUGCGACACUAUGCGGUCUUCCUGUCCGAAGACUCCUCUGACGAUGAAUGCCAGCGGGAAGAGGGCCCGAGCUCUGGCUUCACUGAAAGCUUUUUCUUCUCCGCCCCCUUUGAAUGGCCUCUGCCGUAUCGGACGCUCAAGGAAUCAGACAGUGCAGAAGGCGACGAGGCAGAGAGUCCAGAGCAGCAAAUGCGGGAGCCCACGGGCCCUGCCCCAGCUCCACCUGACCGGGCUGCCAGCAUCGACCUUCUGGAAGACGUCUUCAACAGCCUGGACAUGGAGGUGCCGCUGCAGCCACUGGGCCAGGCAAAGAGCUUGGAGGACCUUCGGACCCCCAAAGACCUGAGGGAGCAACCGGGAACAUUUGACUAUCAGAGGCUGGACCUGAGCAGGAGCGACAGGAGCUGCGGGAUGCCAGUGGCCUUGAAGCUCACCCACCCAUACUAUAAGCUCUGGAGCCUGGGCCAGGAUGACAUGGCCAUCCCCAGCAAGCCCCCGGCCACUUCCCCCGAGAAGCCCUCAGUCCUUCUUGGGAAGUCCCUGGCUCUGCCUCGCAUGCUGCCAACCCAGGACAGCAUCCUGAAUUCCGGUGACAAGGAAGAGGCCCCCACCCCCACUCCGGGCAGCAUCACUAUUCCCCGACCCCAGGGCAGGAAGACCCCGGAGCUGGGCAUCGUGCCUCCACCCCCCGCCGCCCGCUCGGCCAAACUUCAGGCUGCCAGCGCAGCCCUUGGGGACCUCUCCUCGGAGCGGUUCCAGGCUGAGCGGGAGAGGCGAGCCCCCCCAAGUCCGGCGCCGUUCCCGGGGCACCUCCCCAGUGCUGCCCCUCAAGCACCCACCGAACUGCUGCAACCACUCAGCCUGGCCCCCGGGGCUGCAAGCACAGGCAGCGAUGCCCUGCUGGCCCUCCUGGACCCUCUUCACACAGCGUGGUCAGGCAGUGCUCUUCCCCCAGGCCCUUCAGCCCCAAAUGUAGCCACCUCAUUCACCCCCCAGUUUAGCUUCCCCCCAGCAGGGAACCUCACCCCAUUCCCACAGCCAUCGCUCAAUCCCUUUGUCUCAUCUAUGCCGGCAACACUGCCCGCUGUGCCCCUGGUCUCCACACCAGCCAGGCCUUUCGGGGCCCCUCCUGCUUCCUUGGGGCCCGCUUUUGCCCCCAGCCUCCUGCUGUCCAAUUCUGGCUUCUGUGUCCCACAUAGAUCUCAGCCCAACCUGUCUGCCCUCUCCAUGCCUAACCUCUUUGGCCAGAUGCCCAUGGGUGCCCACACCAGUCCCCUGCAGCCACUGGGCCCCCCCAUGGUCGCCCCUUCUCGGAUCCGAACGUUGCCCCUGGCCCGCUCAAGUGCCAGGGCUGCUGAGGCCAAGCAGGGGCUGGCCCUGAGGCUCGGAGACCCCCCGCUCCUUCCUCCCCGGCCCCCACAGGGCCUGGAGCCGGCACUGCAGCCCUCUGCUCCUCAAGAGGCCAGAGACCCCUUUGAGGAAUUGUUACGGAAAACCAAGCAAGAUGUGAGCCCGGCCCAGGCCCCGGGCUCCGUAGAGCAGCUCAGGAAGCAGUGGGAGACCUUCGAGUGAGCCCGGCACACUGAGGGCGACGGCGAGGGCGACGGCGAGGGCGAGGGCGCCGCGCUGUGCCGCCUGCCGCUGUGCUCCGCUGCCGGCUGGCCCUGCUCUCCCUGCUGCUCUGUUGACGCCCAGGUUCUACUGGCGGGAAGGGAUGGGACCCUCUCUGCCACCCCCCUCCCCUACACACCACCCAUCUCUGAGGCCUGGCCGCUAGAGAAUGGUGCCAGUUCUGGCCUAGCAAUGGACCUAGCCCCUGGGCACCCAUCCCACCCUGCCAUCACCCCUCCCCCACACCCGAAUAGGUUUUGCACUAAGGAGGUCAGCUGGGCGAACGAUUGCCCCAGACCAAGUCCUACCCUCCUUCCCCCUGGCAGCCUCCCACUAGGAGCCCCAAGGCCACGGGGCCUCUCCUCCCCAACCCUGACUUUCUGACCCAACUGCAGCCUGGCCCUGUGGAGCAGCACGGGUGGCAGUGGCAGUCUCAGCAUGAGCUCGUCUGCACCAGACACAUGUGGCUUGCAGGUUGGAGUAAGGAGAACCUACCUACCUGGUGGGGCAUUUCCAAACCAUCUCUAGCAAUACACACUCUCGUUCGUUCUUUUGUGGGUCUUCAUCCCGGCUGCCAACCUUCAGUUUCUGGUUUGGUAGGGGUUUGGGGCUGAGGGAUUCUAGGGAGCCCUCUGAUAGCUAGACGCAGCCCCAGCCAGCCCUGUACAGGGGCUGGGAGCACCAGCAACUCUGAUUUGUAAAAGAGAAAAUAGCGAUGGGAAAAUUGAGUGCAUUAGGAGGAGUCAGGCCCCCAUUCUGUGCUCUCCCUCUGGGCCGGGGUUUCUCGGGUCUCAUGGGACCAUGGGGUCGCAUGGGACCAUGGGGGCAGAGCUGAGAAGCAGGUCCCCGGUUUCCAACUGGGAGGACAAGCUUAAUGCAGCAGGCUGAUGCAGGGGGGCCCCGCCGCCCAGGCUCCCCGGGUCAGGACCCAGCUGGGACAAAGUUGGCUUCUGGCAGCUGAGAGGCAGAAGGGCCAGGAGCCACCCCCUCCCCAGCCCACAUAGCACAGAAAUUCCUGAGGCCAACGUCACCAAAGUUCAAUUGAAAUGUUUUGUUAUUGUUUCUUUUAUCUACCUUUUCCUUUUUACUUUAUUGAUUUGAUGAAUCUUUAAACUGACUAGUUUCAAUAAACUGAGUUAAAAUAUGGCCCAACCAUUUAAGAAAACAACCAUCUGAGACAUGCAGGAAAUUGUGAACAUUUUGACCUGAUUUCUCAUUUCCUAUUUGUGAGUGGUCACACAGUCUCAGGGGUGUCUGACAGGGCAAGGGGGUUCCUGGAGGCCCCUGUAACCCCAAGGAGCUUUGUCACUGAGGGGCCCUGUAUGGGUCCAGGAAGCCUGGAGGCUAGGCCCUGAGCCUCUUGGCUGGGGGGUGUGAAGAGCUGCAGGCCCAUCACACCAUCCCUUCCUGAGUGGGUCACGACCCCCUGGGCAAGUUGCUCUCAAGCUCUGCAUGGUCUCUGGCCGCUGAGGUGGCAGGGGAGCUGUGUGAUGUCUAGGCACAUGGGCACCUCCAGGACUCUCAGGUGUUUUCGGCACAGGUUCCAGAUCCACCCGUCCAUCCCGGGCAGACCCCUGAGCCCCAUCAGGGACAGGGCAGCCUCCCCACCCUGCCUCACCCCCACAAGCAGAGUAUAAGGGAUACUGGGGGGCCCUGGGGAAGCAGAGUCCACCCUGCCGUCUGUCUCCCCCCGCUGUGCUGGGGGCUGGUGGCAAGAGCACGCCCACGUUGACACGAGCAUUGUUGUCUUCACUUGCUGGCCUGAGUUUGCACCCGAGGAUGAAUGUUAUGUGCGCAUUCAAUAAAAUCUUCUUGGGGAGAA